AGCGCGGAAUGUGAAUUGUGCGUUAUCUUGAUCCUGGAUAGUUAAAUUAUGCCUAGCAUUUCUGGUGAUUACCAGGUGGGUAACAUAUUUUGGGCGAAGGUCGGUUCACAUCCUUGGUGGCCUUGUAUGGUUUAUCAUUCACCUGAUGGAGACUCGUAUGUAAAGGAGAAAGGGCGUUCAUUCAUAUAUCAUGUGCAAUUCCUUGGACCUUUAGUAGAAAGAGCUUGGGUAUCUGCUAAUAAUCUGAUUCCAUUUUCCGGCAAAAAAAAUUUCGAUGAAUAUGUUCAAGAGAAGCUACGCACAACCAAAGAUAAAUCUGAAAAGAUUAAAUUUGAGAGCAAAUCUGUUUCAAGUAACAAAAGCAUUUGGAUCCAGUCAUGGAAGGAAGCCGAAGUGGCGAUGAACCUUACAGUAAACGAAAGGAUUGAAAGGUUCGGUCGGAUUUCUGUCAAACAGAAAUCUAGAAGGUUAGACAAAGCUGAAGAAGGGGAGCUUCUAGAAUUGAUGAGCAAUGUUCCUUUGACGAUAGAAGAAGAGGCAGAAUCGCUAUCUACUUUCUUGAAAGAUGAAUUGGAAAUACGUAUGCAGAAAAAUCCAGAGCUAGAUAAGAAAAUGCUUGAGGAUGAGCUGAGAUCGCAGUGGCCUGCACUUGAUAUUGCUGAAAAACGCAAGUAUCUCCGUGAUCAAUUGGGCAUUUUUGAUGAUCCCUUGCAGCGAUUAGAAAAAAGUCGUAAGUGCAAAGAAACUACCAAAGUCAAUGAAUCUGUAACAAAAUCUACAGAUCGAACUCCUAAGUCAAGCAAAAAAUCUGGGUCAAAAAAACAACAACCGGAAACUCAAGAAUUUGACAUUGAAAUUCAUCGUCUUAUAGUAUCACCAGCCCAGUAUCGUUUACAACCCGUAUGUCCUGUGUGUGAGGUUUAUUCUAAUGCUCCUGGUCAAAUGUUUCAAUGUCAAGGUCCAUGUGGUCGAAUUGUCCAUCCUCACUGUAUGCGAUAUAAAACUCCACCACCAGCAGAUAAUAGUCGCCCUGAAAAAUUUCGUUGUCCACAAUGUCUUAUUGGCGAGUUCCUCUGUUCGAUAUGUGGUAAACCAAGCGAAACAGGAUCCAAAGAUGGUGCUGGUCAGUUAUACGCGUGUCAGGUUAUAAAUUGUAGUAGGCAUUUCCACCGAGAUUGUCUAUCUGGAUGGCCUGGUAUUCUCACAAGACCGUCGGAUAAUGUAGCCACUCGGACUGCAACCUUUCAAAUUCUUCGUUGCCCUGCUCAUACUUGCAACACAUGCUAUUUGGAAUCCAAUGAAACUAAUUGCCACCCUGUAAAAAGGCCAACUUCUAGUGAAGGGCCAUUUUUGGAAUGUGUUCGAUGUCCAGCUGUAUUCCACACAGGGGAUCUAUGUACACCAGCGGGAUCAGUUGAAGUUUCACUUUCUCAUAUUGUAUGCCCUAGACACUUUGAUGAAUCUCUAUUAACUUUGUCGAAUUUUAAAACCCAGCAUCCUAAUUGGUGUUUCCAUUGCUUUAAACAUGCUCCUGAACGUAUCGAAUGUCAACUCUGUCCAACCACUUAUCACAAAGAUUGCUUUGAACCUUCACUCGGUAUUCUAACUGAUGAUAAAUUCAUUUGUCGAUCUUGUCGACGUGGUGUUUUUCCAAGAUAUGCUCAAAUUAUUUGGGCAAAAAUACCUGGAUUUCGUUGGUGGCCAUGUGAAAUAAUUCAUGCUCGUAAUGCCCCUAUAAAUAUAUUAAAUAUGGCUCAUCCAGAAGGUUCAUUUCCUGUACAUUUUCUUGGUUCAGAAGAAUAUCAAUGGAUUAGUCGUAAUCGUGUGUUUCCUUAUGAAAUUGGCUUACAAACAAGUUCAGCAAAAGAUACAAGUGGAUCGAAUAAAAUUGAAAAGGCAUUUUCACGAUCAUUACAUCGAGCUCCCAAAGCUCAUGCUUUAUAUGUCAAUCAUGUAUUAAAACAAGGCCUACCACUGAUUUCAAUGCAUGCUGAACAACUACCAGAGAACGAAUUAUUAUCGUUAAAUGCAUUAAACGUAAAUACAAUAAUUGAUCCUAAUAUGCAAGAUCACCAAUUAUCUAGUGUACUUGAAAGUUUCUCUUUCAUUGAAGCCAAUAUUUAUACGGACGAAUAUUUAAUUGACAACAUAAAAAAGUCAUAUGAAUCUCUUACUGUAUGCUCUUGUAAAUCGUCUACUGUUAUAAACAGUGAAACGAUCACCGGCCCUAAUUUAUGUUCAACCAAUAAUUCAUGUCAUCAUUUCUUGUCUAGAGUUGAAUGUAAACCACAAAUUUGUUCAUUUCUUGAAACAGAUUGUGGUAAUCGACGGUUUAGUUUACUUUUAAACGCUGCUUAUACUACUAAUACUACCACUACAAAACAAGAUGAUAAGUAUUUAUUUAAUGUUGUACGAACUAUUAACCGAGGAUAUGGUUUGAAAACUUUAACUUCAUUUCAGCAAGGUGAUUUAGUUAUAGAAUACUCAGGGGAAGUAAUAGAUAUUACAGAAGCUAACCGUCGAAUUAUUGAAGCACUUGGUCCUAAUGCAUUGUCCAGCAUAACUUCAUCACGUAAAGGUUUCCAUCCACUCUCUGAAACCUAUUUAGCACGAUUCAGUUCACAGUUAAACUUGGUUUUAGACUCAGGAACUAAAGGCAAUCUGAGCAGAUUUAUCAAUCAUUCAUGUGAGCCAAAUUUAAUUGCUGAGUGUUGGACGGUUGAUGGUUAUCCGCGACUUGGACUUUUCGCCUGUCGACCAAUUGAAGCUAAUGAAGAACUGACAAUUAAUUAUAUUGAUGCUCAGUUUCUUUCAACUGGUCUAAUGGCUGCUAUUUGUCUGUGUUUAUGUGGCGCUGAUUCUUGUAUAAGUACAUUACGUCUACCAACAUCAUUUAAAUUAUACGAAGAAGAAGUAGUAAAUGAUACAUUACAGAAUCCACAUACUAUAGAGAAAAGAAAAUCUAAAAAACUUGACGAAUCAACACUUCCUCUAGAAGCAUUAACUAUAAACAACAGGUGUAAAUCUAAAUCACCGCCUCCUGUGAAAAUAUGUGAAGUUGUAACACCCUCAGUAACUUCUCUUUUAGCUGCUGCCGUUUCACAACUUACCACUAAUCAACAACGUGAUCGUAUCCCACUUAUUAGUCCAGUAACAAUGGCUGCACGUGCUGCAUCAUCAUCUAUUUCUUUACAUAAAAAUCAUACAAUACAAACAAAAGUAGAGGGUAAUGCUGAAUCGAAUACAAUUGGUUUUAAUCCAGCUAUUCAUGAAGAUUUUUGUUAUAGAUGUGGCGAUGGUGGUGAACUAAUACUGUGCGAUAAAUCAACAUGCUCUAAAGCAUACCAUUUAAAUUGUCUUGGUCUUUCUGUACCACCAUUGGGUAUAUGGUAUUGUCCAUGGCAUUAUUGUGAUUUAUGUGGUCAUCCGUCAAACCACUUAUGUUGGAGAUGUCCGAAUUCAUAUUGUGAAGAACAUGCAAACCACAAUUGUAUACAAGUUGAUAGCUUAGAUAUUGAUCGUUGGAAGUUAGCUAAAUCUAGCCUGAAUGACGUCACCAAUCCCUCCAUAGUAUUCAGCGUUCGAUGGAUAUGUUCAGAUCAUGUCGGUUUAAAAAUAUAUGGACCGGAUUACCGGCCUGUACUAUACUCUGACUCAAAUAUUCCCACUAAAAAAGUUGCGGUCAGUAAAAAUUCAGAUAAAUUGUCUACUGAAGUUAAACAAAAUGGUGGAGAGAGCAAUCUAGUAAACUGUUUCAUCAACGAAGAAAGAGAAGUUGAAAAUAUAAUUCCAAAGACACCUAAUGUCAGCGAUUCGAAAAUCACCUUAUUAAAUGAUGGUAAUACCGCUUCUACUCUUGUCACUACCACUACAUCCACAACAGUUAUCAACUCUAAUGGCGAUAGUAACCAAAAACUAGAACCCAGGCGCUUGGAGCCUCUUAAAGUGACACUAAAGCGCAAACUUAAAGCUGAAUUAGCAGCCAAAGAAAAUAAUUCAGUGUCUGGUCCAAAUGACGAAAACAACUUACCGAGCAAUUUAGUGGAUACUACUCCUAAUAAUACUAAUAAUAGUAGUUCUGUAACAACCACUUUGAGUGGCAACAAUCAUGCCGGUAAUCGUAAACGCUUAUUAAUUACCAGUCCUUUGACAGAUAAGAAAAGAACACGUCCGUCAAGAGAUAAUACUUCAAAAUAAGACAAUUGCAUUUUCCUUUAUGGUAGUUUAUUUCCUGGAGAUAGUUGUCACUUUUGUUUUCGGAAAACAGUACAGUUUACCUAUAUUUUAACUAUCAUUGUUUAUUUGGCACCAAAGUCACCGAUAUGACUUGCAAUAUUAUCGUUAUUAUUGUUGUUACUACACAUGGUAUACAGAUCCUGUAGGCUCGAUUUUUUGUUCCUAUUUUAUGCUUACCGUACCUCUUAUAUGCCCAUACAUAUAUACUAUUGUGUACAAACCAGCAAAAUAUUAUAUCACUAUAAGUACGAUAUGUUUAUGGUCAGAUUUUAUUUCAUCCAUACUAUUAUCUCUUCUACAGAAUAAGCAUUUUAUCUUUUUUAAUAAAGAAGUAUUAACAAAUGUAAUUGUUUUUCCCUGUUGUAAGAUGUAUUUCUUUGUUGUCAUUUUCAAAAUAAUAAGUUCCUCUUUGGAUUCGAGUUUAAAUUUAUACUUUAUUUUAAACUUGUUAUUAAAGUUUACUGGAAUAGAAUAAUACUCAUAGUUAACUGAUCCCUAGAAUUUAGCUUCCCUAAACAUUAGACGUGAACAAUCAUGCAACAAUUAUUAGUUUGUCUAAAACCUCAAAAUUGAAUGUUCUCUUUUUUACUAAUUCUUAUCCGUAGAACAUUUCAUCUAGGCUCUCAAAUGAGUGUUAGUCAUAUUUAUAACAACGUAAACAUGCUUUGAUUUUUAGAAUCUCACGCUUUUCUGAAACGAAUAGGUGGAUGUCUGUGUUGGAAGUAUACUGAUUACUUCAACUUAUAAACGUUCCAAACUAUUUUUUCUAAAUAACAAUUUGCAGUUACCGGCAAAAUGAUGAUUUCUGAUAGUCUGACGGCUAAGUAAAACAUAACGUACUUUGAGGAAUCAACUGUUCAAUACUACGGUAUCACUCUACUUAGUGGGAUUGAUUACUGUCUAACUAAUGAAUGGAUAAACAUGGUACGCAAAACUAACGGGGUAUAUCAGUGGUGCAUGCAAUAUAAGUGGAAGUUUGAAGUAAGCUAAACACUAAGUAUGAACGACUAUCCCGACCGUUGCUACUACCUUGACGUGGGGGUCGGCCUUGCCAUUCGUGAUGAAAAAAUUCGGCUAUACUGGCUGAAACAACCGUUCCUCAAGGUCCUACCUUUCCAGAUAGGUCGACUGAAGAAUGAUAAGACUGAAAGCAGCAAACCCAAG